AUGGCAAGAUCAGGUCACUCCACUCAGUUGACUUCUGGAAGACAUAGGGCAUGUCAACCACAGACACAGAAGCUCACAGAAAAUGAAAUUUCAGAGUUGAAAAACUACCUUCCUGAGUGGACUUUGGCAAAAAGGAAAGAGAAGCAAGCAGUUUUCACUGCCAUAGCUAGGGCUGCCAGGAAAAAGAAGGAAAGGAAGGACAUGAUAAAGUAUGGGAGGAAAUGGAUGCCUAGGAUGGUGAUCUACCAGUGGAACCAGGAAGAGGUGCUAAAGAGGAUUGAGGACAAGUCCAGAGCAAAGCCAGGAGGUCCUAGUAUGUUCAAGCAUUAUCAGGCAGCUGUGAAGAGAGUCAUGGCUGAAUUGUCCAAUGAUGAGUUGGAGAAGGUGAAGGAAAUAGCUGAAGGAUGGUCCGACAACUUUCCUCCUCCUGAGAUACAGGUACAAGUCACUCGUAAGAAGGGACCUGUGUAUAUGGAGUACUUUUCAAAGGAGAUGUGGAGGCAAUGCGGGAUGAGAGUGUUUGUGAUGUUGGCUUGGAAGAAUGAACAGGGAGAGGUGCUGUUCAGGAUGCACAAUGAUAAUGAGGCAUUAGGAGAUGGGGACAGCUUCAUGAAGAUGAAGGACUGGGAGGACAUUAAGCCAGUUUGGCAGGAGUAUAUGCAGGAACAGUUUGGUGCCAGGGCAUGGGAUGGAGGACAACAGAUGAAGAGAGGUCAAAAAAGAAUCAGAAAGCCUGCUUUUGAACUGGAAACCAAUGGAGAUGGGAUGUUGUUGCUUUCAGACAUCACCAACAUGAAACUUGAGGAGAAGAAGGCCAUAGAUGACUUUGUGGCAAAGAAGUAUGUUCCGGCAGAUGUGGACUUGAAGGAGCCUUCAAAGUUGCAAAAUUGGAACACUACAGCCUUACUCAAUUUCUGGCAUGCUCAGCAGGAGAAAGCUGAUGGUAGAUCCCUACAAAAGAGACCCAGAAGAGAGCCAGGUCCUUUGACAGCACAUGAAGGGACAGCAGUCCCAUGUGCAAUUCCAAAGCCUCGCCCAGUCAAGCUGGCAAAAACUGGUGCACUGCUGACAUCACAAAUGGGUGACCUCCUGGCUGGGUUGACUGACAGAGUCACUGGCAAUGUUGGGGAGGAUGUUGCAAUGGAAGGAGGGCACAUGUCUCUGGCACCAAAGAACAUGUGGGGAAAAAAAGCAGCAAUUGAGCCAUUGGCAAGGACAACCUGGAGUAAGUCAACUCAACAGCCAUCAGACAAUACCCCUCAAGUAACAAGAGCAAGGGGAAAGAAGUAA